CGCCAGUAUCGUUUCGUUGCGUCCGCGUUCACUCCUCCGCAUGUUUUGCCACGCCAGAUCAAUUGGCGAUGCAUUCAAGAGGAGGUGAAACGUUUCAUCUAGACAUUGCCCUUUCCAUCUUUACAGCAUGGAAUAAUCUAAUCCCGAUGCGGAGGGUGCGGAAGUAUGCCUUUUAUGCAGAGGAUGAGCCGGCUUCCUCCUGACUCCACUCCUCGGCUCCACCACCACACCUAACACAACACAUACCUAUGGACACGUAUGUGUACGAGAAGGCAACACUAUUGUAGACGGCACAAAAGCUACGCAGCGCUCCUUCUUGGAUUCCAUCAGACCAAUCCACGACCUGUACUGGUCAUGGCACCUGGACACCUCGAAGAGUAGGCGACACUCGGGCAACAUGGGUUGUUAAUUGCACGCCGACGUGGAGACAUUGACAACAUGAACGACGCGCUUUGCUCGAUCCUUUGCGACCAGAAAGAUGGCUGGACGUGGGAUCCGUUCAUCUCCGACAAGCUCAUAUUCAAUCAUGACGGGACGGGCGAGGUGUGGUUCAUGGAAGACCAUUCCUUCCUCUUCGCCGUCAACAUGCGGUGGAGAUGCCUUGGGCCGUCACCCCAGCUGAGCGAGAAGGAGAAGGCCAGACCGAGCGAGCCAGCAGCACCCGAAGCACAUCCCGAGCCUGCAAGCAUCUGGAGUGCAAAGUCGUGGAGGAAGCAGCCGCAAGUGCUAGGCAAACUCGACCUCGAAAUCACCCUCGAGCGAAGCCUGGCCAAAACGCUAGCAGGCGGAAGAGUGCUCGCGACAUUUGCGCACAUGAACGAGCGCCGGCUCUCGGACGCAGCCUGUAGCCCCAAGACCUUCAGCGUCACGGUUGAAAGGGGCAAUUUCGUGCCUACGACUCAUGUUGGCAUCGAUCGUAGCAUCGGGAAGCAACUCGAGCUGCGGUAUGGGCUGCGCUUGGUGUUUGACAGGACGCUUGCUCCUCCUCGGGAGGAGUUCACGGAUCCGAAUGAGUGGAUAGUUAGCGAUGGCGGAUGGUGGAGGAUUACGGAUUACGUUGCAAGGCAAUUGCCCACGUCGGAGUAUAGCUCGCCUGCUAUGAACGAUUCUGCGUGGGACUAUUAUGUCAGGAGUUGCGUAGUGUCGUAGUGUUGACCUGGAUUCAAUCAAUCGAAUGCACAAGUGCACCUUCAUUCUUCCCAGAUGAAUGCGUUAAAGGACAUUGCUGUCGU